AAUCAAACCAGUUUCUUACCAGGUGACUGAAUAAAAAAGUAAUAUAAUAAAUUAAUAAUUCGUACAAUUGUUGUAAAGAUAUAAGAAUACAGUUAGAUUUGUAAAUGUUCUCAUUCUCUUUCAGAAAUAUUUUGUCAAGCAGCAACGAAAAAAUUUGCAAUUUACAUAUAAGUAUCGACAAGUUGACGAUGUUUGAAUGUUAAAUACGAAAUAUAUUCCAUCUGCAAUAAGCUCUUCUCGAAUAAUCAGUUGAAGAAUUGUGUCGUGAUAUUCUACAAACUACGAAUAUAAUAUCUGUCAAAAAAUGUGCAAAAUCAUCACAUUGAAUAAAAAUUAUCACAUAAAAAGACUUGCAGGUUCAAUCAACUAGAUCCACUCUUGUCAACUUUUCUGAUAGUAAAACUGGAAGACGAUUAUUUUCGCAUCCCAAAGUCCUUGAGCGUGUUCAUGAUGAAAGAACCGCCGCCCGCCACCGAGGAAAAUAGUUCCAAAACCGAGUCAGCGAAAGAAAAGAAGGCCGAGAAUCACGUCGAAAAAAACAAGAAUCGCACCGAGAAGAGUAAAGAUCGCGUCGAGACCAGAAAGAAGACUAAGACUGUGAUCGAUGACCCGGAGGACGAUUUAGACGAUACUCCGUUGGACUUCAGGAAACGACACAAGAAGAACGAACUUUCGAAGGCGCGACCCAACAAGAAGAAGAAGUCGCAUAUGUGCGAGAUUUGUUACAUCACGUUUGACCGCAAGAGCAAGCUCACUAGUCACAUGUUCAAGCACAGCAAUUCACGGCCACACAAGUGCACGGUCUGUUCUAAGGGCUUCAAAACCGGGGCGUAUCUCUCCAGGCACAUGGAGAUUCACGACGAGCCGGCGCAGCUGCAUGCGUGCACCUUAUGCGACUUUAAAGCUCGCACGAAGCCGUAUCUGAAGAUACAUUACAUUCGCAAGCACACCGAAGAUUAUAACUACAGCUGCGAACAAUGCGGCAAGAUGUUCAAGGUCCAAUCUGACUACACGACCCAUAUGAAGGAUCACGAUACGGAAUCCUGCGUUUGCGACAUAUGCGGCACGUCCUAUCCUAGCAAGAGCUCCCUGUACUUCCACAAGCAUUACAAGCACAAGACCAAGGUGAAGGAAUUCGAGUGCCAGAUCUGCAGGAAGCGCUUCAAGACCCAGAAGAAUCUCGACAGCCACGCCGAGUUGCACAAGAUGAAGUACGUAUGCGAGCAGUGCGGCAUGGAGUUUAAAUUCAAGUACGGCCUUACGAAGCAUCUCAGAACGCACUCGGGCGAGAAGUCGUAUCUCUGUGCGAUAUGCGGCAAGACCUUCGGUUGCCUCAGCUCGCAGAAGAUCCAUCUGCUGACUCACGUAGGCGAGCGACCCUACGUCUGCGACAUUUGCGGCCAGAGCUUCACUCAGCGUUCGCCGAUGAUGUUGCAUCGGAAGAAGCAUCCUGGCGUGCAUCCACCGCCACCGCCUAUCAAAAUUACGAAUCUGCUGCAUGGUGUGCAGGAUAAAAUUAUUGUGAAUAAGAGUGUCAAGUAAUUUUUCGUGUAUGUGUGCAUGUGUGUAUGUGUAUGGCGGAUGGUGAACUGUGAAAUGAAAAGAGAACACCAUCUUGUGUUGCUGGGGUCUUGUACUUUUAUAUCUUUUUAAUAUAAAGCAAAGAGAUAGUGGAAAUAAUUGUGAAUAUUAUCUCAACGACGAUCCAUUUGUAAGAUAGAGAGUAAUGAGAUUUGGAUGAUCCUGCCUGCAUGAGGCGAUAAUAUUCAGGAGGAUUCGGUUCUUGAAAAUGUAUCCCGUGUGAUCCCGUGUGUUGGUAUGUCGAUCUUAUUUUCAUAUUCAUCGAAACGCAAUGUAUUUACUCGAGGACAAAUUAGGAAUUAACAUGCUGGAUUAUCGCGCUUAUGACACACAUUUACGAUUAGAUUCCAAAUUCUUCAUUCGAGUAUUUAUUAUAUUUAUCCUCUUGUAGAUGUCAAACAUUUGAAGAAAGACUGUAAUGUUUGGAAUUACAAAAAUAUUCUCUAUAUUUUUCUAGUUAUUUUCUAAAUUUUAUCG